UCAUAUACCUGUUUCAGCAGAUCCAUCCAAGACACUUCUCAUGAAAUCCUCCUCAAGGUUAUCUGUGUGUGAGGCUCAGCUCCCUGACACUACCCACCUGGCGGUGAUGCUUUGAAUUGUUACUUUGUAAGACUUCUGAAACCAGCCAUGUUUGUAGCAGAGCAUCCUUGUACGACAGUGGUCCAGCCUGGCCAGAACAUCCUGUGCACUUUAUGAGGCUGAUCAGGGGGAGAUCCCAAGUGGCUGCAUGCAAGGUCUGAUGUACCAUCUCUAGGGAAUACCCAGACUGACUCUCUUUGGACAGAAACAUACACUACAGACACCCUCUUUGCAGAAGGAGCUUAAAAAAAAACAAAAGCUUUCUUUUUGUUGUCACUCUCUGGCAAGAUGUUUGAAAUCACCAGGACCCUUAACGCUGCGUUAUUAAAUAACGAGAUAAUUAGCACCAUGGAAACUCAGGUGUCGAAUGGCCCGACUUCCAAUACAAGCAACGGACCAUCUAGUAACAGCAGGAAUUGUCCUUCUCCCAUGCAGACAGGGGCAGCCACCGAUGACAGCAAAACUAACCUCAUAGUCAACUACCUGCCCCAGAACAUGACCCAAGAGGAAUUCAGGAGUCUGUUUGGCAGCAUCGGAGAGAUAGAAUCUUGCAAAUUGGUGCGGGACAAAAUCACAGGCACUCAAUUCGAGGAACACUUCAAGGAUUUAGCCACUGGCACAAAAUGGAAACCCCUUACUGAAGAGGGCCCUAUCUUUGGGAAAGGGCAGAGCCUAGGGUAUGGAUUUGUUAACUACAUUGAUCCAAAGGAUGCCGAAAAAGCCAUUAACACCUUAAAUGGAUUAAGACUACAAACCAAAACCAUCAAGGUUUCCUACGCCCGCCCCAGCUCUGCAUCAAUACGUGACGCUAAUUUGUAUGUGAGCGGCCUUCCAAAAACCAUGACACAAAAGGAGCUAGAACAAUUAUUCUCACAGUACGGGCGCAUCAUCACCUCAAGAAUUUUAGUCGAUCAAGUCACAGGUGUCUCUCGAGGAGUGGGGUUUAUCCGUUUUGACAAGAGAAUAGAGGCAGAGGAAGCCAUAAAGGGUCUGAAUGGACAGAAGCCAAGCGGAGCCACGGAACCAAUUACUGUGAAAUUCGCCAACAACCCCAGUCAGAAAACAAGUCAAGCCUUGCUCUCUCAACUCUACCAGUCACCCAACCGGCGUUACCCAGGACCUCUCCACCACCAGGCACAGAGAUUCAGGCUGGACAAUUUACUUAAUAUGGCCUAUGGCGUUAAGAGUUAUGCUGAGCACCUCUCCUACAACACUUCCUUAAAAUAUGACGUUGGGAGGAAGAGCAUCACUACGGAAGCCAAGAGGUUUUCACCGAUCACCAUUGAUGGGAUGACAAGUCUGGUGGGAAUGAAUAUUCCUGGGCAUACGGGUACUGGAUGGUGCAUUUUUGUCUACAACCUAUCUCCCGACUCAGAUGAGAGUGUUCUGUGGCAGCUUUUUGGCCCAUUUGGAGCAGUCAACAAUGUGAAGGUCAUCCGUGAUUUCAACACCAACAAAUGCAAGGGAUUUGGCUUUGUCACAAUGACCAAUUAUGAUGAAGCAGCAAUGGCCAUCGCCAGCCUUAAUGGAUAUCGCCUGGGAGACAGAGUUUUGCAAGUUUCCUUUAAAACCAACAAAACCCACAAGUCUUGAAUUUCAGUUCAGUCCAUGUCAACCAAUCUGUUCACGAACAAAGAGAAGACAAAAAAACAAACAAAAAAAACAAAUAAACUUUCUAUGGCUUAUAACCAAUCAUGGAUUUUAUAAGCCGAAGUUGCCUAAGUAUUACUAUUGGAUAUCCUGUGAUAAACCGGAAAGGAUUUUAUAAUGCUUAGAAAAAAAAACAAAACAAAAAAACUUUGAUGCAUUGAAUGUUCUUUCAUAGCUGUCGUCGUUGAAUAUAAUAUACAUAGAUUACAAUGAGCAGGGCUUUUUUAACCCAGCCGGCUAGUUUUACACCUUCUUUGAAGGUGGCUGUUUUUAAGAUGACCAUGAGUUCAUUUGAAGAAUUAAAAAAAAAAAGAUUUAAAAAAACUUGAAAAAAAAAACAAAAACAAUUUUUACAAAUGUAACACAAUAAAGAAAAGAAAAAAAUAUUUUUUUCUUUUCUUUUCAGCUUUCUUUUCUGUUCACAAAAUGAAUCCUUUCAGAUUGAUGACCCACUCCCCCCUCCUUUCCAGUAACCCUUUGAGUGCAGGAAUGUAGCAAAGGUUCCGGUACUUGAAAGAGUUUUUAAUGUUUGUUUGUUUGUUUUUUAAAUGAAAAAAAAAACAAGAAAGAAACAAUAUAGUUGUGCAAAUAAAAGGGAACAAAAAUAAUUACUUUUGCAAUUAAUUGUAUUGUUUCUUGGGUAUUGAUUUUGAAAGGAGAAUUGUGGGGGGAAUUAUUGGGGGUCAAAAUACCUGAUGACGCAAAACAAUUUAAAUAAAUGAACAAUGUUGCCAAAGAGUUGGUCUCUUUGCUGAAAAUGGGUUUCCAGAAAAAUCUAUUUUUAUAAAAUAUAAAGAAUUUUUACAAGAGAAUCUGGAUUUGAGAAAAAAAAAAUAAAAUAAUAUUUUGACUGGCUAAUUUAGGGGAAACUGACGACUUUGUCAUUCAUACUGCACUGGUAUCUUUUUAGAGAACAAGACGUGUUUUACAUUGGAUUAGUAGAAUGUUUUUUGAAAGAUGGGUUACAAGCGGUUGAUAUUCGUAUCUUUUCAUAGCAUGUUGCAAACAAUCUUAUUGAAUAAGGGAGAGUGAUCUGUACAGGUCCCCAAAACCACAGUCAAACCCCAAAAAAGCAAGAGGUACAUUGCUAGACAAUUUUUUUCUUUAAGUCAUCAGUAUGGGAUAUCAGCAGAACAAAAGAAAACUUAAUUUCUUUGGGUGGGGCAAAAACUUCCUUAGUUUGAGUAGUAGGUGCUACAAAACCAUUUUCAUAUCUUAGUAAUCAUAGUUAAAUGUAAUGUGUUUAGAAUCAAGAAACAUUUGCUUUCAAUUUGUUAAGAGUUUUACAAUUCACUUUAUGGCCCACUCCAAUAUACCUGGGCUGCGUUGGCACAUUUUAAAAAACACUGUUUUGUUUUUUUUAUGUUGCUUGCAACACAUUUUUAAUUUAUCGCUGAUGUAUUGCAUUCAGCCAAUAUCAAAAUAUGGCAGGUAUGCUAGUCUAUUUAUUUGUUUACUUAAACUAUGGGAAGAUGCAUAUUAUUGUGUCAUUUCUUGUGUGUGUACGUGUAUAUAUAAUAUAAAUAUAUAUAUAUAUAUAAAGUUAUUUUUUUCUUUCUGUUAACUCAUUAUUAAGUUGUACUCUUUUGCUAGUUAUGUUUGUAUAUGUCUUAAAAUGUUUUCUUAUUAUACUUGAUUGACAAGCGUAUCAAGGUAACUCGUGUAGAAAUAUUGUUUGAUAUGUUGUCAUGUUUGUCGUGAAUAUUUUUUCUUAAUGCACAGUAGAACAACAACAACAACAACAACAACAACAAAAUACUGGGUCUUUAUUUUAAUGUUAUUCUGAUGGAUACAAAAAAAACAAACAGAGCUACGGGAACAGAAGACAAAUUGGGCAGCUCUCCCACAUCCAGUGCACUGAUAAUUUUAGUAUGUUUGUGCUCUGUACCGUUCUAUAUUUUAAAAAAAACAAAAACAAAAUAAAAAAAGUUCUGCUCUUCCCUGAGAACUAGGAAAAAGUUACUCGCUAUGCAUAAUCUAGUUGAUAGUUUCAAUUUGCUAUUGCUUUUUCUUGUCUUGUUAUAUCCAAUCUUUUCAAUACAAGUUUAGUCUUAAUGGUAAUAAAACGUUGUUAUGGUUAUAUAUAUAAUGUGCUUUUUUUGCGUAUUUAUUUUUCAGUGUUCCGCCCACUAUAUGCACGUAUCUGUUUUAAUACUGGAGGCGAAAAUCUUCGUAUUAGGCCGAAACACAUUAAAAAAAACAAAA